AUGAAUCAUGUUCUGUUUAGGGAAGCAACUCUGGUCAGUUCGAUGGCGGAUCUUGUUCACGACGUAAUUCCGCAGUCGGCGAAUCCACAGACAACACCGGAGAAAAUUGAAUGGGUCAGCCUGCAGAAAUGUGUCAAUGUGAACGAUCGGAAACGUGUCGUUGACGUGGUGGUGCUCGGUUUGGCCAGGGGCUAUCAGAUCUGGGCUCGUAUGUAUCUGCUGGAAAUCAAAACGGGUUUCCCGUCGAAGUCAAAACUUUCUUCGUAUUUCAUUCUCAGCAGGAAUUCAUUUAGUUUGAGUGAUUGUAUCCUAUUGCCUGCUCGUCAAUUCUCGAUGUCGCCUUUCGAGACUGGUAUUGGCGUCAGCCAGUGCACUAUGCCAACGGCAGCGAGCACAGAGGAGGGCGAGCAAAUGAAUUGCCAUAAGGAUGACCGGCAGGCACUAAUCAACGUACCUGAAAGGAAACUAGCCUGUGAAAUGAAGCUGAUUCGCUUGAUUUGUUUUUGA